GGUCCCGGCUCAGCCUCCGACCCGGGUAGUCCGGAGCCUGCUGGGAGAGCGGUGGCCUCUGAGAGGUGGGUCGUGGACGGGAUUAGGGGAGGCGGGAGCUAUUUUAACUGUCUGGCCCCUCUCCUGUGCAGGCGUGGGCAUCCCCCGGGGUGGCGGAACGAGGGCGCUCCUUCCAGCUUCCGAGUCUGGCCAGCCUGGGCGCGGGGCGCCGCCCCCGAGACACCCGAGGGAUUUAGUCCUCCCUGGUUCCCUGGACCGUGGAGGUUCGCGCGUAGUGGCGGCGAGAGGGUGGCCCUUGGGUAGGGUGAAAUCCCUGUCUUUGUCCUCGUUCCCCACCUUGGUGUGGGUCACUGGCUGCAGGAUGAACUGUCGCUCGGAGGUGCUGGAGGUGUCAGUGGAGGGUCGGCAGGUGGAGGAGGCCUUGCUGGCUGUGUUGCACACGGUGCUCCUGCACCGCAGCACUGGCAAGUUCCACUACAAGAAGGAGGGCACCUACUCCAUUGGCACCGUGGGCACCCAGGAUGUCGACUGUGACUUCAUCGACUUCACCUACGUUCGUGUCUCUUCUGAGGAACUGGACCGCGCCCUGCGCAAGGUUGUUGGGGAGUUCAAGGAUGCGCUGCGCAACUCUGGUGGCGAUGGGCUGGGGCAGAUGUCCUUGGAGUUCUACCAGAAGAAGAAGUCUCGCUGGCCUUUCUCAGACGAGUGCAUCCCAUGGGAAGUGUGGACGGUCAAGGUGCACGUGGUAGCCCUGGCCACAGAGCAGGAGCGGCAGAUCUGCCGGGAGAAGGUGGGCGAGAAACUCUGUGAGAAGAUCAUCAACAUUGUGGAGGUGAUGAAUCGGCAUGAGUACCUGCCCAAGAUGCCCACACAGUCGGAGGUGGAUAAUGUGUUUGACACAGGCUUGCGGGACGUGCAGCCCUACCUCUACAAGAUCUCCUUCCAGAUCACCGAUGCCCUGGGCACCUCCGUCACCACCACCAUGCGCAGGCUCAUCAAAGACACCCUUGCCCUCUGAGCCCACCCGGUCCCCGGGAGCUCCUCCAUGGCUCCCAGACCUUGGCUUUGGGGGAUUGUACUGUUAGGCCUGUGGGCCUUGGAACCUGCUCUGGGUCAUGGGUGAGACUUGGAAGGGGCAGCCGCUGGUUUCGCUUUGUGGUUGCCAGCCUCUGGUCAUCCUUUUCACCUUUGCAGAUGGUUCAGUCCUGCCCGUACUGUCCAUACCCCUGGUGGGGCCCCUUCCUUCUCUACUGUACAGAAGAGCUACCGCUAGGAUGGGGAAUAAAAUUGAGAAUGUGAGUUUGGGUGGAGCCAUC